AUGCGACAAGAAACGCACCUGGACGUAUUAGAAACAGCGAUAGGCAUUGAAAAGCGAGUGGUCACUUACAAAUGGUUGAGCCGAAAGCUAAAAGUGGACGUAAACACGGCAAAGAGGAUGCUGUAUGAGUAUUACCAGACGCCACGGACGGACCCAGUACAUGCUAUCUAUUAUCUACAAGGCGAACCGAGAGAUGGGGAUGGCAUAUUGUGUCAGGUGAUUCCAGAAGAGAAAAUAGAGGAGGCGAAAAAGCAGUAUAAACGAUACUGUAUCCACAUUUAUAGCUUGCAGCCAUGCAGACCAAAGGACAAAAACAUACUUCUUAGUGUCGAUUUUGAUGUUGCACAGAAUGAUACCGUCGAGAUCUUGAGAAAAUGCCGCAUAAUACGACAUAGUACAGUGAAACAUCAGCAACGAACUGGCGGCACUGCACUAGCUGCCGUGCAGAAACCGGCUGUACCUUCACGAACAGUUGAAUCAAAGUUGAAACAAACGAAAGAGGAACCGGUGCCUCCUAAAGCUGUUGGCACCAAAGCGGUAGCUGCCGGACAAGGAUCGACAAAACAAGAGAUCCCCGCAAACGGGAAACCAACUUUCUUUGACAAAUAUGAGCAAAAGGCUGCGAAAGGCAAAGGAGCGGAACCAGCACCACCAAAGAAGGCGGCAAAACCCAGCGAGGUAAAGGCACCUUCAACAGAGGAGCGACAGAGGAAGGAAUUGAAAGCACAACAGGAGGCCGCGUUGAGCAAGCUGUUGGAAUCAGAUGAGGAAGGGAAUGAGUCGGAUGGCGAGAUAGCAAAGUUGCGGCACAUGGCGAGUCGUGCUGCAGAAACAGAGGACCCGGCGGAUGAAGAAGACCAGACAUCCAACCAAGUGGGGAAAACUGUCGAUCAUGAUGUUAUGGACGUAGAUGAUAAUGGGAAUGCUCCCCCAGCGGAACCUGCAGCAGGCUCAGCGGGCACCACGCGGAGAGUCAAGAAACGACGACGCGUCAAAAAGACAAGGACUGUAAUGAUGGGCAAAUACAUGAAAACUGAAGAUUAUUCUGACUGGGAGGAAUAUUCUGAAUCCGAACCCGAAAUCUCUGGACCGCCAAUUAAGAAGCAAAAGCCUCAACCACCUCCUACUGCCGCAGAAGUCCGUACUCAGCCAACCGAGCCACUACCAGCAAAGACGAAAGCCGGUGCAAGAGGAGGUGCACUGCAAAAGGGUGGGAAGAAAGCAGGUCAACAGAAAACGUUGCUGAGUUUCUUUGGUAAAAACGAAACUCUUGUCAUUUCCAACUGGUUGAUCUGGUUGCUGACGGCAUUUGUCCACGCCACACGCAAGCCCCAGAUGACUCAUCAGCAAGUACCGACUUGGAGUUCACCUGCAGUUCGCCGAGAUCAGUGGGAUCGUGUGUGCGUGAUUGUGGGAAAAAUGAGGUUCGUUCUGGAUGGUUUGCCCAUCCUCUUCCCUUACGACUACAUAUAUCCAGAGCAAUAUGCGUAUAUGCGGGAUAUUAAGCGAACCCUGGAUGCUCAGGGCCACUGCUUACUCGAAAUGCCUUCUGGAACUGGAAAGACAGUUUCCCUCUUGUCCCUCAUAGUCGCAUAUCAGCAGCAUUACCCAGAGAAGCGAAAGCUGAUCUACUGUUCGCGUACUGUGCCCGAGAUUGAAAAGGCACUAGCAGAGUUGCGCAGACUGAUGGAAUACCGAAAGAGUCAGGGAAUGCAAGAGAAAUUUCUGGGAUUGGGGCUGACUUCGAGGCGAAACUUGUGCGUGCAUCCAGAUGUGAGCAGGGAAAAGCGCGGGACGGUGGUUGAUGCAAGAUGCAGGAACUUGACGGCCCCAUGGGUUCGUGAACAGGCCAAGGCUGGUGCAGCCGGGGACAUACCCUUGUGCAACUUUUAUGAGGCUCUCGAAAGCGCCGAGGAAUCCGCCACAAUGCCAUCUGGAGUGUACACUCUGGAAGAUCUUAAAGAAUGGGGUCGGGAGAACGGCUAUUGUCCGUAUUUUCUCUCCCGGAGAAUGAUUGCAUUCGCGAAUGUCGUCAUUUACAGUUAUCACUACUUGCUUGAUCCCAAAGUGGCGGAACUGGUAUCGAAGGAGAUGGCAAAGGACUGCAUUGUGGUAUUCGACGAGGCACACAACAUUGAUAACGUAUGCACCGAAUCUCUAAGUAUGGAUAUCAGCCGACCUAUGCUUGACGCAAGUGCACGCAGCGUGCAGUCACUUGCGACAAGAAUAGAUGAGUUGAAGCAAUCCAAUUCGGAAAAGCUGCAAUCGGAAUACACACGACUUGUUGAAGGGCUGCGGGCGGCACAAGAAGCAAGGGCAACCGAUGAGUUCAUGACAAAUCCAAUACUUCCCGACGACAUCCUACAGGAGGCCGUUCCGGGCAAUAUUAGACGAGCAGAGCAUUUCGUCGCAUUUCUACGACGAUUUAUCGAAUACCUUAAGACGCGACUACGAGUUAUGCACGUGGUGGCGGAAAGUCCCACUUCCUUCUUACAACACGUCAAAGAAAUCACCUUCAUCGACCGGAAGCCAUUAAGAUUCUGCGCAGAACGGCUGGGAUCGUUAAUUCGGACUUUGGAACUGGCGGAUUUAGCGGAUUACCAGGCUCUUCAAAAGAUUGCGGGGUUUGCAACUCUUGUGGCGACGUAUCAAAAAGGGUUCAUAUUAAUAUUGGAGCCUUUUGAAAAUGAUACCGAUACCAUCCCAAAUCCGGUUCUUCAUCUAACAUGCCUCGACGCCACCAUUGCAAUUAAACCCGUUUUUGAGCGAUUUAGCUCUGUAAUUAUUACUUCUGGGACGCUGUCACCCAUGGAGCUAUAUCCCACAUUGCUAGGGUUCCAGCCCGUGGUUGUCCAAAGUUACCAGAUGACGCUGACACGGUCCUGUUUCUUACCCCUUAUCAUCACACGAGGAAGCGAUCAAGUCGCUGUCAGCUCCAAGUUUGAAGUUCGUAACGACCUAGCCGUCGUCCGAAACUUUGGCAAUAUCUUGAUCGAGUUUGCCAAAAUUGUCCCCGAUGGGCUUGUUUGUUUCUUCCCUAGUUAUCUCUACAUGGAGUCCAUUGUGGCUGCCUGGAAUGAUUUGGGGAUGCUACAAGAAGUCCUAAAGUAUAAGCUGAUUUUUAUUGAAACACCUGAUGCCGCGGAGACGAGUUUAGCUUUGGAGAAUUACCGAUUGGCGUGCGACAAUGGACGCGGAGCCGUCCUUUUAUCUGUGGCACGAGGGAAGGUUUCUGAGGGAGUCGAUUUCGAUCAUAACUACGGACGUGCGGUGAUUUUGUUUGGUAUUCCAUAUCAAUACACCGAAAGUCGUAUUUUGAAGGCCAGGUUGGAAUACCUACGAGAUAAUAGCAAAAUCCGAGAGAAUGAUUUCUUGACCUUUGAUGCAAUGCGACAUGGUGCUCAGUGUGUUGGACGUGUCUUGCGUGGUAAGACGGAUUAUGGUCUCAUGGUGUUUGCAGAUAAGCGCUUUGCCCGUAUUGACAAACGGAACAAGUUGCCUAAAUGGAUUACCGCGGGUAUGACCGAGUCAUGCCUCAACCUAUCUACCGAUAUGGCUGUUGCAAUGGCCAAAAAGUUCUUGCGAACAAUGGCUCAGCCAUUUGAGCAUAACCAGGUUGGUGUAUCACUAUGGGACGCGGAGGAGCUACAAAAGCGGCAGGAGAAGGAGCGAUUAUCUGGGAAGGAGGCAUCAGAGUCAGGCAUUGUGGAAAUGGAAGGGGUGGAGGUUAACGGGAACGGCACGAAAGUAGAUGGGUAGCAGAAACAGAUGGCUCCCGGUGGAUACCAGGAUUUUGUGGAGUCAGAUUUGCAUUCUUGCCGCAUGCCGGCCAGAAAUUGAUAUGGGUGCGGCCGAGAGGAGGUGAUGCAACUUGUCUUGAAACGCAUUGCGAGGUGUAAAGUCUGUCGGGUCAGUUACAAUAAUGACCAAAAGCAUAAUGGAACUCCAUUUCCAAUUCCUCACUGAUGCAGCGCUGAUGGAGUUUGGACGAUGCAAAUGAAUGAUAUUAAUUUACAAUAAAAAAAUUGACAUGUCAGAAAAAAUAAUAAUAAAACAGCCGAAUAUCCCGAUCCCGU